CUCAUUGCUUGACAUCGAGAUGAACAAAUCUGCUGACUGAACGGAUAAGUCCCGUGGGGGGCAGCUCACGCAGCCAUCAUCCAUCCAUCCAUCCAGUGUCCAUCAUGGCAAAAGCAAAUCCAACCAUAACAGUCCGUGUGCAUCUACAUUGUGUUUGUCGUGUGAUGGUUCGUGCGUCAAUUCAUCCAUCCCUCCCGCCCCGCCGGCCCAUGCAGCGGCCCCCAUGUCUGUCUUUGGACAGCCAAUGGGGAGACAAGUGGAAGAAGAAAAGUCACCGCUGCACAGAGAGCGCAGGCUUGGGGGGACAUCACUCUGUGUCUGUCUGCACAAAUGACAUCGGAUCUCUCUCUCUCGAAAAGCAUCUCAGAAUUAGCGCUAUCGUCCAUCAGCUAGCGGGGCCGGCCAAAUUGUCAAAGCGCAUCGGCCAUCAGUGCCCUCCUGCCAUCCGCCCACUUCACUUCACAUCACAUCACACCACUACCCACCCACAGAUAAACGACCGACCCAUCUGUCUAGUCACACACACACACCCAUGCGCACACGCAAACACACCAACAGGCACCACCCAUCCCUCCCCUCCCCCCUACCCACCCUCCUCCCUCCCAUACAGCUAGCUCCCUCCUGAAUCACCACUUGUCGCCGGUGGCCUGGUCGAUGACGUACGCGGCGACGUCCUGGAUGUCCUCCUCGGACAGCCUGCCGCCAAACGCCGGCAUGGCGUUCUUGCCGUUGGUCACCUGGUAGAUGACCUUGUCCACCGUGUUGACGCCGUACGUCUCAAGCGCCUCCUUCUUGAGCGUCUUCUCGGCCUGCACCACGUUGUUGCCGCCAGCAUGACACGCCGCACAGUUGCCCGAGAAGAUGAUCUCGCCCAACUCAGGGUCCCCGGCCGCGAAGGCAGCCUGAGGCGCGAUGGCCGACAUGAGGCCGAGGGCCAUGGCUGACACGAGCGGCGCCAUCUUGGCGCCCUCUUCGCAAGCUGACCGGGCCUCAUCGGCAUCAGUGCCGGGCAGGGCACCCAUGAGGACGGUCUGGCACUCCUCGACGAGCGGUGUCCUCUGCGGUUGUGACGCAGUCCGCUGUGCCCUCAGGAUGUUGCCGCCCAGGGGGGACACGAAGGCCUCAUUGGCCGAAGCAGCCACCAGUGAGAGGGUCGCGAGAACGGCGAAGAGCUUCAUUGCGCAGAUAAGGG